AUGGGGCACCACGGGGACAUCAGGCACCCGGGAGACACCAGGCACCAUGGGGGUAACGGGCACCACGGGGACACCAGGCACCACGGGGGCACGGGGCACCACAGGGACAACGGGCACCACAGGGACACCGGGCACCACAGGGACACCGGGCCCCGGGGACACAACAGGCACCAUGGGGACACCGGCACCCCGGGGACAACGGGCCCCACAGGGACAACGGGCACCAUGGGGACACCGGGCACCCGGGGGACAACAGGCACCACAGGGACACCGGGCACCCGGGGGACAACAGGCACCAUGGGGACACCGGGCACCCGGGGGACAACAGGCACCACAGGGACACCGGGCACCACGGGAGUAACGGGCACCAUGGGGACACCGGGCAUCAUAGGUGCAAUGGGCACUGCGGGGACACCGGGCAUCGUGGGGACACCGGGCACCAUGGGAGUAAUGGGCACUGUGGGGACACUGGGCAUCCUGGGGACAACAGGCACCACAGCGGGACAACGGGCACCACAGGGCAACAGGCACCCAGGGGACAACAGGCACCGCGGGGGGGACAACGGGCACCCUGGGACAACAGGCACCCAAGGGACAAUGGGCACCAUGGGGUGA